AGUCAGUAUUAUCAUUGCAGUUCAGGGAAUUUGAAAUUGAAAGCGAGUUCAGUUAAGAGACGAUUGAGCUGCGCUCUAGACGUCAGCUUAAAAUGGAAAACCCAGCGGAAAGUGACUAUCAGGGUAGAAACCACAGAAUUCCAACUCCUCCUCCUAUUCCACAAACAUCGCAGAUAGCUCAGCCUUCCAUCCAACGACAGUUUGUGAGUCGUGCAAAUUGCCACAAGUGUCGGAAGAAAGACGCCCAGCGUUCUAUGAGUUAUGAAGACUACCAGAGAUGGAGUGCCCAUAGAGGAUGUGUCGUAAGAUACUGCGAAGAAUGUUCGCUCAAAAUUCGCUGCAAAGUCGGAACAACGAAGCAAAAAACAUAAAAACUGAUAUUUGAAAUGUACGCAGUUAUCAAAUUAUUAAAUUCAUUCGAAUGCAAACUGUGUUGCAGUUUAAAACUGAUAAAGGAGUGACGUCAUUCGCGCCAUUCAUAUGUACAAGCGUAUAUAUGUAGUAAUUUUGAAUUGCUCUGAUUAUGUGUAUGUUGCGUUGACUUCAAGAGAAUUCCAUGAGUCACCCAAUUGCAACAUGCAACCGGCAGUCGAACCGAAUUGCACCGCGAAUAGAUAGUAGAAGCUUGGAGCUCCCAGUGAAAUGUCCACAGAUUCUAGCUGUCCCAACUGCGAUUCGCAUUCCAUGAGGCGGAGAAAUCGCCUGGCUAUCUCGCGAUUAAAGAAGAUUAAGAUGGAUAUUUGUGCCCUGUGCUGCGGUCGCCGAUAUUGUGGAGUCGGCAUUUACGAAUCCUACUACAAAUGCAGUUCCUGUGGCUGGAAAGGCGAUCCUAACCGAUCCCACUAAGAUGGCAUAGGAAUCUCAUUCAGAAAUAAAAAGUAAAUCGAUUUCAAUGAAUUUUAUAGUCAGCUGUUGCAUUUCUGUUUACCACAGAGUGAAGAUGGAAUAUAUACAAAAGCUUUCGAGCUUUUGAAAUGCACUUUACAAAAUUCCAAAGCAGUGGAAUAAGUUCUAAAAAAUAAAAUACGUAUUUAUUUUCCCAGAUGUCUGGAGGAUUUCUUAUAAAAACCGAUAAUUAUUUCGCUUCCUAAAGUCUUGUAUCCAUAUCAAAGUUCACGUUUUAAUGAUUUACAAAUAAUUAUAAAUUACAAUAACAAUCAUAAUUUACACCCAAAAUACUUAAUGGAGGCCGCCUAAUUGCAAAUCCAAAAACGAAUGAGCUCGGUUUAUAAUAAUAAUUUAAGAUAAAAAUAAUGCUUAAGUGAUUUCAUUGUCGUCAUCUUGGAUUAUACGAUGUACGAGAAAUACACUUGGGAAUAGCUUGUUGAUAACAGUGGGGCCUUAUCAGUUCAGCUUGGACUCGUUCCUAGAAUUCGGGAGUACAGUUUUGAGGCUCAAUUAAUAGCCGAUUGGUUGAGCUUAGUUCUGAAAAGAUGUUGCCCAAGAGCACACCAGCAUUCAAAGGACGGUCCUCGGAGGUUUACAGAAGUUUAUCCGAACCAAAGGAUACCAGUCCGAGUGCUGGAGCGAAAGAUACGUCCCAAGUAUGUCUACAUUCCGAGGACUUCAAGCUGUCUUGGAGCCAAAGAUUUUGGUUAAAUAUGCGGUCCUUUUGUUGCUGCGGACAACCGAUAAAUAAAAAUGUUGGUGAUAAUUUGGACGAGUAAUGCAAAUUCUAAAGACUGCUGAUCUAUUAAAUUGAUUAAAUGUAAUGUAUGUAGAACAUUAUUAAUAAAAUGAUUAAAUAAAGUGCGGUACUGCUCUCAGCUAAUCA